UAAAAAGAUAUUAAAUUCAAGGUGCAGCUUUGGAACAAUGUUCCUCUCCAACAUCACAGACUCUGGAGGAGUCCCCCUAUCGGUGAACUUCGACAGUCCUGUGGAUUAUCUCGUUUUUAUUUUUCAACUUUUAUUCGCUACGGCUGCUGUUCUGGUAGCCGGACCUAUAGUCGUUACAAUUUUCUCCACCAGAGCUCUCCGCCUCCAAAACAGGUUUAUUUUCAUGCUGAACACUAGUAUUUGUGACACACUGGUUGGGUUUUCUGUGUUUUAUCUUGGUCUGUUUGAUGUUCAAGAGGGAUAUCCUUCGAGAAAUGGAACUUAUAAUAUGUUACCUUCUCUUCUUGGGGUUAACAUAAUGACAUUUUUAUUCGCACAGUUUGACCGGUAUUUAGCUGUUUGUCAUCCAUUCAUCUACAGCCGCUUUAUAACCCGGGGAGUGGUUAUCUCUGCAAAUGUCUUUUGUUGGCUUCAUGUUUAUUGUCAAACAAUCAUUUUACUGUUCCUGCCACUUGCCAAAGCAAUGCAGCUGUACGCCUUCGGUAUUAUCAGCUUACAAAUCAUUGUGCUCACCAAAGUGGUCAUGACUAUCAAACUGUAUGUUGUUGCCAGAUUUCAGCUUGAAAGAGACCCUCCCAGCGCCGAGAGAGAAAACAACAAAGAAUCAUUGAGAAUUAUAAUUUUUGUUGUUAUAAGCUUCUUGGUGUUGUGGGGCCCCUCGUUUGUAAACAUUAUAAUCAGAUAUUUGCUAGGACGAGGGCUGACGUUUAGGAAUGAGGCCACCAAUCUUUUUGCAAUCAUGGCUCGUUUCAACGCUGUGUGCACACCUGCGGUGUACUUGUGGGGGAGUCCGGCUCUGAGGGAGGCCAUGCUGAGGACGGUGUGGGGCAGAUUGUGUCCACGAUGCAAGAAGAAUAGGUUAAAUGGCCGUAUGCUACGGUGAAAACGGCCAUUAUUUUCUGUUAAUAGCCUUUUAAACUUUUGAGCAGCGUGGAGUUGUCAAAGAAAGCUCUGUGAUUCACUGACUGUGAA